CCUGACUUGCACUUAAAAAGUUCGACUCCAAGCAAGUGCACUGUCCCGGAUUAUCGAGGUCCUACAUGCCACUGAAACUUCCCCCCAUCCAUCGCCUCCCUGUCGAACUGCUGUCAGAGAUUUUCCAUUGGCACUCGCUCUCGUCCAAUGGUGUUGUCAACUAUAACGGUACAUUCUACGCAUUCUACGACGUAGAUGUGGUCAAAGCUGGCCCAUGGCUUCUGACCCAUGUCUGUCGUUACUGGAGGGAAAUUGCCACCACGUUGACCUCUUUGUGGUCUUCUUUUAUUAUAAGAUCGAAGCUACUCGGCACCAAGGGCCCUGAUGCAUUGUUACAAACGGUGCUGAGGCGCUCUGGACAGUCACCGCUGUCAUUUGAAAUGUGGCUAUCAGCUCUUUCGUCGAUGGAGAUGCCUAUCCCGAGAAUCCUCGCCCUGCUCGCUGCUCAUUCCACUACUUGGAAAGACAUUGAGCUUGAGUUGCCCUCGCACGGGUAUUAUAUCGAAGUUAUGGGUGUACUCUCCAGUUUGCCCACCCCGUUACAGCUUCCAUUGUUGGAGAAACUUCGUAUCAGUAUUUCCGAAACAUCACCGGAGGACACUAGCGAAGAUACCAGCGAGGACUCGGACUCGGAUGCCAGUGAACCCGACCAACAUUCAAUCGCUACUACUUUCGCCAACUCCCCCAUGCUUCAUUCGGUCAUCAUGGAUCCAUUCUUGCCAAUCAGCUUGCCUUGGCCUCAGAUAACGUAUCUGUGCACAUCCAAGCUAUCCUUAGAGCAGCUGCUCGAUACUCUCCGUGUAGCUAUACAUCUAGAGACACUGUUUUUGAUGUCAGAUAGCUAUGCGGACCCUCAGGAGAACUCCCCAAUACCGGUAACAAACAACGCUAUAAAGACGUUGAGGCUCUGCGAUACCGAAUUCCUUCCGUAUCUGACACUACCCUCCCUUAUCUAUUUACGCAUAGAGAACGAUCUGAGCGAGGACAUGGUUUUCAUACACGAGAACCAGGUGUCAUUUGUAGAUUGGGACAAGGUGCCCCGCUUCGUCGGUCGCUCCGGGUGUGUCCUGAAAUGGCUGCGAAUCAGCGUCGGCGAACCGACCGACAGUCUAUUCGCCAUGCUCCGUACCGCGAUGACUGAUGUUACGGACAUGACAGUCAUAAAUGACGCAGGUUGCGUGUCACUGUGUACCAUCUUGCCAGCUUUACAGAAAGAUCCGCUGCUUAUGCCCAAGCUUGAGGUUCUGUACUUCGAUGGCUCAAACAGUCGUGAUCUUUGUGGUUUGGAAGAUAUACUGGAGUUCGUCCAAAGCCGUUAUGGGAAUGGAAUGGGACCAUUGAAAUCCCUUCACAUCGAUUGUGAGGUAUUGUAUCCGGAGGAGAAGGAGGAGAACGGACUAGUGCACUUUAGCGGUGAGGACCGAAGGUUUUAUUUGGACCAGCUGAAAGUCUUCGUCGAUGAAGGCCUUGACCUUGUGAUUGACCUUGACGAAGAGCUCAUCGAAAUAUGAGAAUGCAGUUUGGAAAGAAAGAUGAUUACUCCAGAAUCGUAACCCGACGUCUUCCACAAGUUCCACAAGACACAUUUUUGGAAUCAUGGCUUGGCAUGAGAAGGGAUACGUAUACCAAACUUGAAGUAACUACCCGCUCAGAGAGCUUGUAAUAAGUAUCGACAAAGGGUUAAGGAUUUCUUUUGUCUUUUGGCUCACUCCACUGGAUUGCCACUGGAAG